UAAACUGAUGACUGUCUAAUGUAUUUAGAUAUACUUUAUUUUAAACAAAUAAAAGGCUAUGUACAGUAUGUACACCUCGGAUUUAUAGAAUUUAAAAACAAUCUUUUGAUAAGGUGCGUUAAAUCAAGUAUAUCGCCUUACGGUAGUUCAACUUAUCGUAGCAUUUUAAGCGCGUUCAAUCCAAUACGCAUCUUGUUUAUUUUGCGCGCAGUGUGGGAAUUCCCCAAUAAUUCCCCGUUCACAACCUUCAUACUAAGAGUGGAUUGUCGGACUAUUUAUAUAAACACUGCGUUACCGAGAAGGUUACACAAGCUGAUCUCAUGAAAAGUUAGCAAGCAUUAUUAUUAACGGAUAUCGGUAUCAAAUUAUUAGUUCAGCAAUUAGUUUGAACCAGGAACAGAAAUUGUGAUUUAACAUUUGAGGAGUAUAUAAGCAGGUCUCUUCAGAUGAAACCCAUGGAAAAAGAAGUUAUAAUGGCAGCCCAGUCUGUGGCGAGUAUCUCAGGAAGCAGUCUAGCUCUGGAAGUGGAGCGAGACAAUUACCGAGAAAAAGUGGAACAUUUUAAACUUCUAAUUAUGAAACUGCAAGAGGAAUUACAUUUUUUUAAAGCAAAGAAUGAAGGAGCGGAAACUGUCUCAAAACUUUUACAAGAAUCCAAACAGGAAUGUGCAGGUUUGAAAAAGAAAGCCGGACAGCUAGAAUCUGUGAUAAAAAAUUUGCAGAGUCGCUUAGAGCAGCAUGGUUUAUCAACGGACAUUGUGUUGAACGAGAGUGAGACUUAUGUGCCAGGUCAUUCUAAGAGACUGCUGGAAAAUUUGACGCGGGAAAACACGAGAUUACGGAAUCUUAUAAGAUCCAAAUCAUGCGAUCCUGAGGAAUUAGCCAGACUUCAACAGGAAAAUGCUGAUCUCCAAUCAAGUGUAGCCGAAUUGCAGAACGACCUCAAAUCGUCCGCAGACGAAAAGUGCCGAACAAUCAACGAACUUCGCCAGGAACUGUCUGUCCUGAACAAUGAGCUGUCGUCUCGCCAACAUCUCGUGACGAGACUCGUCGAGCAGCGGCAAGACUUGCAGCAGCAGUUGGUCAGCGUGGCCGAACAGUGCCGGACGUUGGCCUCGCGACUCGAUGAGCAGGCGAAGGAGGCUGAAAAAGUCGUCCAGUCCGCGACGCAGAAGACAUCUCAAGACUCUUCCAACAUAGCAGUUCUUGCGGAGAAUAAGGAGUUGAAAAAGCAAAUCAAAGAGGUGAUGGAGAUGAAUCGACGCUGGCAGGAGUUUCACACGCAGCGCGAGGAGUAUGUGAAUAAGCUCCGCAGCGACCUUGAUCGCAAGUUGGCAAGCGUUCCGGAAGUAAAGGCCAGUCAGGGUCAAGCGUCUGUCGAGGCGGAGUUCAACCGGAUGUUAGACAAAAACAAGUGUCUCACGGGUGAGAUCGAGGAAAUAAAACGUCAGCGGACGCGGUUGACAAGAGAUUACGAAUUAUCAAAGCGGGAUAUGGAAAAUGCAGCAGGUCAGAUAACAGCUCUCAAGAAAGAGAUUGCCGAACUUUCCAAAUCCGGUCAUCGCAAGCAAAGGGAAAGUGAAAGUGAAACUAUAAACGCGCUGAAAGCUCAAAUCCAGAUUUGUACGGAAGACUUUGAGUCGGAACGACGCGACCGAGAGAGGGCGCAAAACAAGCUGGGUCGGCUAGAGAACGAGAUCGAACAUUUGAGGAAAGAGAAUGCCUCUCUGAAGAGGACGCUGGAGACGUUCAACUCUUCCCCCCGUUGGAGCCCCGCUACCGAGUACACUGACCCCGCCUACCAUCAACAAUUCAUCCAAUCAGCCUACAGCUCAGAGGGUCUAGCGGCACGUGGAGCUCAGACAAAGCGGGUGACGCAAGCAGUGUCGUCGAAUCAACACCUAGACCGCUACAACGUAGUGGACUCGCCCAAUCAACACCUAGACCGCUACAACGUAGUGGACUCGCCCAAUCAACACCUAGACCGCUACAACGUAGUGGACUCGUCCAAUCAUCACAUAGACCAUAACAACGUAGUGGACUCGCCCGCCAGCAACACGCGGGGCAUUGUGCUUGAAUAUAUAGACCGAAACGAGACAGAUUGUGAUGUAAAACCCAGUAAUUAUGACGUUCUUGAUAGCCCGACUAAGCCAUUCGUGCAAAAUGACGUCACUAAUCUUCAGGACGAAGACCAUUUUAUGUCCCUGAACGCUCUGUCCAUUUCGUCCCACUCCAAAGACGAUAAUAACUCAGGAAAUGUGUCCUCGCCGGAGUCUUCAAAGAGAAACAGCACCGACCAGACGCGCGUGGUUGUCAUGUCGUCACCAAUUGUGAACACUAUGACGGCAGAAGACAAUUUUAGCGUUCUGAGGUGUCCCACGUGCAACGAGGCUUUCACUAGCGACCAGCAUGUCGAACUUCUUGAACAUAUGGAAAAGUGUAUCUGAAAGAAAAUAAAAAAUACCGUCGCUUG